GUGGACAGCUCAAGGCCCCCGGCACCACCAAAGCCAGAAACAGCCCAAGCGCCAAUGUGAGGCUGACAACAUAACAUACAUAGAACGCAAGACCCACCUGUAGCCGCUGGCUUCCUAUGGCUCAUGUUGGAUUUUGUGGUAUUCUUACACUUGGUCUUUUCCACACCCUUAUCUUCAACAAGCCUGAACCUUCCUUUCACCAAUUCAUCCAUCUUAGAGAGCAGUUGGUAUCCCCAGCUGGCCCCCUCUCACACAUAAGAAUAACUGUCGCAGUACAGUUUGAUCAGUACAGUAAGGUUGAGUAUAAACGGGCCAGUAUGAUACUCCGUCAAACAAUUAUAGUAACACAACAGUCUCAUGGUCAAACCUCCUCGUCCUCACCCUAUUUAAACACACUGCUUAGUUCAAUACAACCUCAGUUCAAUCCUUCAGUACUUCUGCACACGCGUACUGAUCACUCACGAUUUACCGCGAUAGUAAUCCUCAGCAGCACCGGGCGAAUCACGACACCCGCAUCCUCCCAACUUCCCAAACCAUCGAUCGUAACUUGAACAUGAUGUUCUCAUCCUACCUCGCUGUCUUCACUACCUUCCUUGCUCUGGCGGCAUCAGCACCCACACCCUCACCAGCAUAUGCAACAGUCGACCUCCGCUUCAUCGGUCCCCAGAACACACGCUACUCAAGUUUGA